CUCUCUCUCUCUCUCUCUCUCUCUCUUCUCCGCCAUCGCCUUUCUUCGUUCCCAUCCCCAGCCGUUUUUCUUUUAUUUUUUUUUAUUUUUUUUUUGAAUUUCUCCCCACCUUGUUUUGGGUCUCUCAGAAACCCUAAGUCCUGUGCUUCUGUCCUGAUCGCGAGGGGAAUAGGUUUCGAUUUGUGAGGGUUUCUUUUUUUUUUUUUUUUUUUUUUUUUNAUCGAUCGAUUUGAUUUGAUCCACGUAUCAGCUCGGAAUCGCCUGUAUAGUCGGUUUCUGAUCGGAAAGGUCUCGCCUUGUAGCUGUUGUCGCGCGAUUUGAAUGGGAGGAAGCCCGUAAAGGGUUUUGAUGGUGGUUGUGUAGGUUGGAUUGGUGUAGAUGGCGCCUGCGACUGUAAGGAAUGCGAAUUUUGAGGACUUAGAGAGGGAUCUCGAAGCCCUGCUCCGGGACCAGAACCCAGGUAGGGGAGCCACCUCCACCGCCGCCGCCGCCGCCGCCGCCGCCUUUGAUCUCGAUCGAGAUGAGCUCAAUAUCUACCGGAGUGGAAGCGCUCCUCCAACUGUCGAGGGAUCGAGAACCGCGUUUGGGAGCUUGUUCGGGCACCCCGGAUUCGCCGAAACCCAGGAUUUCAGUGGCCCCGAUGUUUCCGACGUGCUCUCUGAGGAGGAGAUGCGAUCGCACCCGGCCUACUUGUCCUAUUAUUACUCGAACGAGCAUGUGAAUCCGCGGCUGCCGCCUCCGAGGGUGUCGAAGGAGGAUUGGCGUGCCGCGCAGCGGUUUCAUGCCCUGGGGGGUACCGGCGAUCGGAAGAAGAUGAUGGAGAUGGGGAGCGCCGAUGGGAGUAGCAGCAGCUCUCUCUUCUCGUUGCAGCCUGGGUUGCCCUUGCGCGAUGGCGAGAGGGAGAUGACCGAGACGGAUAGAGGGGCGUUCAAGAAUCUCUCUCGGCGGCAGCAGCAGCAGCAGCAGCUGCGGCAGCCAGCUGAUUGGCUCGAAAAGGGCUCUGAUGGGCUUGUUGGUUUGCCUGAUGUUGGGCUCGGAUCGAGGAGGAGAAGUUUCGCAGAUGCAUUGCAGGAAGAACUUGGGCAUUUUUCUUUAUCUAGCCAGCUUUCUCGCCCUGCUAGUCGCAGUGCCUUCGAGAGUCCCAAUCCUAUAAGAGUUUCUGAUUUGCCAAUGGGACAACUCCAUAGCGGUUCAGAUGCCUUAAAUGUCUUGCAGUCGGGGGCGAGCUCCUCUAGUCUUGCUAGAGUUAAGAGCCUUGGUUCAUCAAUUUCUCACUCCUAUGCGUCGGCUUUAGGCUCUUCUCUUUCUAGGAGUACGACCCCGGAUCCUCUAUUGAUCCGUAGGUCGCCGAGCCCCUGCCUUCCUCCUGUGGGGGUUAGAAUUACUGAUAGCGAGAAAAAGGCUCCUGUAGUGCCAAAUGAGGGUGGUGGUGCUUCUUCGAUUAUUUCUAAUUCUGCCGACAUAACAGCUGCCAUAUCAGCUAUAUCUAACUUAGGCUUAGCAGAGAAUAGGAUCGAAGAUAGAGAAAGUCAAGCGCAGAGCCAACUUCAUCAUGAGUUUUCUGAUCAACCCGAUAUGAUAUUCAAUGUGCCUAGUGAUAGACAAAAAACCGUUACCUACAAUGAAUUUUCCAAGAAUAAUGGUAAUUUAACUAAUUUACCUAAGUUAACUUCUAAUGGCAAAGUCAACUUUGCUGCACAGUCCGCGUAUGUUAAUGUUUAUAAAGAAGGAGCUUCUAUGGGCUCGGUGAAUUCAGCAGGUUCUAAUAGUUCUCAGGGACAAAAUGCUGAUAACAUAAAUAUUGGCUUCUCCCGACGCAAUUCAAAGGCUUAUUCUGGUGAUUAUGGAUCACCAUUAUUGAGCAAUCAGCUUAAUGCAGGUGGGCUAGAAGGACAAUAUCUUAAUUUAUCUGGAAACCAGAUGGGAUCUGGUUUUCAGGUCCCAAUGGUGGACCCUCUAUAUGCUCAAUAUUUGCAAACGACUCCUGAUUCUAUAUUAAAUUCGACUGCUGCAAGCAUGGAUCCUUCUUUGGGGAGGAAUUAUAUUGGCUCCUCACAUAUGGAUCUCCCUGAUUACCAAAAAGCUUAUCUUGGGGCAUUACUCGCACAACAGAAGUUACAGUAUGGCAUGCCCUUCCUGAACAAAUCUGUGGGUUUAAAUCAUGCCUUCUAUGGGAGUAACCAUGCUUUAGGUGUUGGAAUGGCUUAUCCAACUAACCAAGCAUCUAGUUCUUUUCUUCCCUCAUUGGGUUCUGGGAGCCCAGUCCGGCAAGCAAGCGAGCGGCUUAUGCGCGUCUCUUCCAUGACCAGAGGUGCCGGUGGAUCCAUAGGAUCGCGAAGCCCUGAAAAUGGCUUUAUGGAAGAAGGUUAUGCAUCAUCUUUAUUGGAAGAAUUCAAGAAUAAUAAGACCAGAUCUUUUGAACUGCAAGAUAUUGUUGAUCAUGUAGUUGAGUUUAGUGCGGAUCAGUAUGGUAGUCGCUUUAUACAGCAGAAGCUUGAAACUGCAACAGUUGAUGAGAAAAACAAAAUCUUUCCUGAGAUACUUCCAAAAGCUCGUGCUUUGAUGACUGAUGUUUUUGGAAAUUAUGUCAUACAGAAGUUCUUUGAGCAUGGUACAGAAACUCAGAGAAAGCAAUUGGCAAGUGAACUUACAGGCCAUGUUAUGCAGCUUAGUCUUCAGAUGUAUGGCUGUAGAGUGAUUCAGAAGGCUUUGGAAGUUGUUGAUAUAGACCAGAAGACUCAAAUGGUGUUAGAGCUCGAUGGAUCAAUCAUGAAAUGUGUCCGUGAUCAGAACGGCAAUCAUGUGAUCCAGAAGUGCAUCGAGUGUGUCCCUCAAGAAAGAAUCCAGUUUAUAAUAUCAGCAUUUUAUGGCCAUGUUGUGGCACUUUCCACCCAUCCAUAUGGUUGUCGAGUCAUUCAGAGGGUUCUGGAGCACUGUGACAAUCCAAAGACUCAGAGCAUUAUGAUGGAUGAGAUCAUGCAAUCUGUUUGCACUUUGGCACAAGACCAAUAUGGAAAUUAUGUUAUUCAACAUGUCCUGCAACAAGGUAAGCCGGAAGAACGGUCUGCUAUUAUUAGCAAGCUUGCUGGACAGAUAGUGAAGAUGAGCCAACAGAAAUUUGCUUCCAAUGUUGUCGAGAAGUGCUUGACUUAUGGUACUCCCGAGGAACGCCAGCUCCUAAUCAAUGAAAUGCUUGGUUCAACUGAUGAAAAUGAACCAUUGCAGGUGAUGAUGAAAGAUCAAUUUGGUAACUAUGUCGUCCAAAAGGUCCUUGAGACCUGUGAUGACCAUAAUCGCGAGCUGAUACUUUCACGCAUCAAGGUGCACUUGAAUGCCCUAAAAAGGUAUACAUAUGGAAAACACAUCGUGGCUCGUGUGGAGAAGCUCAUUACUGCCGGAGAAAGGCGCAUUGCACUCGGAUCGCAUUCUUCAUGAGACAGCAGGGCUUCGAUGAGACGAUAACAUUUGUACAGAUAAUGAGGCUAGCCGUACCAGCUCUCUAGUAUUUGCUUUUAGCAUAAAUGGGGAAGUUUAGCUUUGCUUGGCCUUAUGUAAAUAAAGAUAGGCCUCACUAAAUAAGAAUUUUGUUUGUUUCUCCUUGAUGUAUAUUUCACCUGUAUUCAAGUUAUAGCCGAGGCGACAUCGAAGAAAAUUAGAAACAGUAUUUAGGUUCUUACAAGCGCCGGAAAGCCGAGGCACUGAACAUAAAUAUGUUUGGCUUUUGUUUUCCGUGUACAAGUUGUUGUUCAUGAAAUCCUGUAAAGAUGGGAGAUAAUGGUUAAAUGUCAUGUUUAUGUUUACAGAGUGCAGGA